UUUUUGUCCUCUAAUGCACUUCUUCACGAGGUCCUGUCAGAGGUUUAUUUUCAAAAAAUGUUCCAUCUUUAUCCAUUUUUUCGCUCCCCUCACUAUAAUUUUUAAGGUUUGUUUGUUUGAUGCCUUUCAUUUUACCCCGUUUUAUUAAUCUUUUCAACCAUCCUGCUCUCAUCACUUCUCUUCUGCUAGAUUCUUUACACUUUACAUUACACCCUCUUUUGUUUCUUUGUCCCUCCAAUUUUUAAAACCAAGAAUUUUCAUUUUCACCUGUCCCUUGUAUAUUGAACCAUCUGUUUUCACUUGGUUGCUACACUUGUUCACUUACACAAGCAAAACCCCUCUUUAUCUUUAACCAAAAGAGGCAAAGUUUGGCUUAACUUUGGCACCGUUUUCUCAUUCCAGAUCGUGACUGAAAAAGUUGUGUGAAGUUAUUAUUAUGGGGAAAGCUAGCAGGUGGUUGAAGGGGUUGUUGGGGAUGAAGAAGGAGAAGGACCACAGUGACAAUUCAGGCUCAUUGGCUCCUGACAAGAAGGAGAAGAAAAGGUGGAGUUUUGCCAAGCCACCACCUUCUUCAGUUCCUGCCACUGAUAACAACAACACCUGGCUCAGAUCCUAUAUUUCUGAGACAGAGAAUGAGCAGAACAAGCAUGCAAUUGCCGUGGCAGCCGCCACCGCUGCUGCUGCCGAUGCCGCCGUGGCCGCCGCACAGGCGGCCGUGGCUGUUGUGAGGCUCACAAGCCAGGGGAGAGGGGCAUUGUUCAGUGGAAGCAGGGAGAAAUGGGCUGCUGUGAAGAUCCAAACUUUUUUUAGAGGCUACUUGGCACGGAAGGCUCUUAGAGCACUGAAAGGAUUGGUUAAGAUACAAGCUCUUGUUAGAGGGUAUUUGGUUAGAAAGAGGGCUGCUGCAACUCUUCACAGUAUGCAAGCUCUAAUAAGAGCUCAAACUGCUGUUAGAACACAGCGAGCUCGUCGUUCCAUGAGCAAAGAAGACAGAUUUCUACCUGAAGUUCUUGCAAGAAAACCUGUGGAACGAUUUGAUGAAACAAGGAGUGAAUUCCACAGUAAAAGGCUACCUACAUCCUAUGAAACAUCCUUGAAUGGUUUUGAUGAGAGCCCCAAGAUUGUUGAAAUUGACACAUACAAGACUCGAUCGAGGUCUAGGCGCUUCACCUCUACAAUGUCUGAGUGUGGAGAAGACAUGUCCUGCCAUGCAAUCUCAUCCCCUCUUCCUUGUCCGGUCCCCGGUCGAAUCUCGGUUCCUGAUUGCAGACACAUUCAAGAUUUUGAUUGGUACUACAACGUGGAUGAGUGUAGAUUCUCCACUGCUCAUAGCACCCCGCGUUUCACAAACUAUGUGAGGGCUAAUGCUCCAGCUACACCAGCCAAGAGUGUUUGUGGAGACACUUUCUUCAGACCUUGCUCCAAUUUCCCCAACUACAUGGCCAAUACUCAGUCAUUCAAUGCAAAACUAAGGUCUCACAGUGCUCCAAAGCAAAGACCUGAACCCAAGAAAAGGCUCUCACUCAAUGAAAUGAUGGCAGCAAGAAACAGCAUAAGUGGUGUUAGAAUGCAAAGGCCAUCAUCCAAUUUCUUCCAGACUCAAGAAGAAUCCUGGAAUUUUUUACAAUCACAAGGAAUAUUUGAGAGGCAAUUGGAGUCUAAAUGAUGUUAGUAAUAUCUAGAAUUUGUUUUUUUUUUUUUCACUUGUGCUUACAACUUACAAAUUCAGGGAUGAAAUUCUCAAUUCUCAAUUCUGCUUGUGUACAUUCUUUUAAUUAAAGAGUUUUUUUUUUUUUUUUUCAAUCA